GGUUGUCGGGAUGGGGCCAUAGUGAACAUGGAACUCUCGGUAGAAUAAGUGCGAGAUUGCCGUUGCUGGCUGCCCCUGUCUUGUUGCCUCAACAUGUUGAUGCACUUAUUUCGGGUCGGAAUCCGGGGUGGCCAAGUUCCAGGAUGGUCGCUACAAUCUCUGCGCUUCCAGACGUUCUCAGCCGCCAGGUCCUCAGAUGACCAGCUCAGCUCAUGCCUCCUGCGGGCUGUAGCCCAGCUCCGGUCACAGCUCUGGGCUCACCUCCCUCGAGCCCCACCAGCUUCCCAUCGGAGCCCCUCUGCCUGGCGUUGGGUUGGGGGGACCUUGGUGGUCCCUGCAGUCCUGUGGCAGCAUCCCCGCCUCUGCCUUAUAGCACUGUGUGAGACCAGAGGGUCCCCUCCUGCCCGGCCCACACGCGCCCCAGAGCUGGGCUUUAACUGGAAGCUCUUUUGGCAUUUCCUCCAUCCCCAUCUGCUGGCCCUGGGGGCGGCCAUUGUGCUGGCCUUAGGUGCGGCACUACUGAAUGUUCAGAUCCCUCUCCUCCUGGGCCAGCUGGUGGAGAUUGUCGCCAAGUACACGAGGGACCACGUGGGGAGUUUCGUGUCCGAGUCCCGUAAGCUCAGCAUGCAGCUGCUCCUACUGUACAGUGUUCAGGGAUUGCUGACCUUUGGAUACCUGGUGCUGCUGUCUCACAUUGGUGAGCGCAUGGCCAUGGACAUGCGGAAAGCCCUUUUCAGCUCCCUGCUCCGGCAAGACAUUGCUUUCUUUGAUGCCAAAAAGACAGGGCAGCUAGUGAGUCGCUUGACUACCGAUGUGCAAGAAUUCAAGUCAUCCUUCAAGCUUGUCAUCUCCCAGGGACUGCGCAGCUGCACCCAGGUGAUCGGUAGCCUGGUGUCCCUGUCUAUGCUGUCCCCGCGCCUUACACUGAUACUGGCUGUCGUCACACCUGCCCUCAUGGGAGUGGGCACCCUGCUGGGCUCAGGCCUCCGAAAGCUGUCUCGCCAGUGUCAGGAGCAGAUUGCCAGGGCGACAGGUGUAGCAGACGAGGCCCUCGGCAAUGUUCGGACUGUGCGGGCCUUCGCGAUGGAGAAGAGGGAGGAGGAACGCUAUCAAGCAGAACUGGAGUCAUGCUGCUGUAAAGCAGAGGAGCUGGGCAGGGGCAUAGCCUUGUUCCAAGGGCUCUCUAACAUCGCUUUCAACUGUAUGGUCUUGGGCACCCUGUUCAUUGGGGGCUCCCUUGUGGCUGGACAGCAGCUGAAAGGGGGAGACCUCAUGUCCUUCCUGGUGGCUUCCCAGACAGUACAGAGGUCUAUGGCCAGCCUCUCUGUCCUGUUUGGUCAGGUGGUGCGUGGGCUGAGUGCAGGAGCCCGAGUCUUCGAGUACAUGGCCCUGAGCCCCGUCAUCCCAUUGACCGGGAGCUUCUGCAUCCCCAGCAAGGACCUUCGUGGUUCCAUCACCUUCCAGAAUGUCAGCUUCAGCUACCCCUGCAGACCCGGUGUCAGUGUGCUCAAGGACUUCACCCUGAAGCUGCCCCCUGGCAAGAUUGUGGCUCUUGUGGGCCAGUCUGGGGGAGGCAAGACCACAGUUGCUUCCCUGCUGGAGCGCUUCUAUGACCCCACAGCUGGCACAGUGACGCUGGAUGGGCAUGACCUGCGCACUCUCAACCCCUCCUGGCUCCGGGGCCAGGUCAUAGGUUUCAUCAGCCAGGAGCCAGUCCUGUUUGCAACAACAAUCAUGGAGAAUAUCCGAUUUGGGAAGCUGGAUGCUUCCGAUGAAGAGGUGUAUGCGGCUGCACGAGAAGCCAAUGCCCACGAGUUCAUCAGCCGCUUCCCUGAUGGCUACAGCACUGUGGUUGGUGAGCGGGGCACAACCUUGUCUGGUGGCCAGAAGCAACGCCUAGCCAUUGCACGUGCCCUCAUCAAGCGGCCCACAGUGCUGAUCCUGGACGAGGCUACCAGUGCGCUCGAUGCAGAGUCUGAGAGGGUGGUACAGGAGGCCCUGGACCGGGCCAGUGCUGGCCGCACUGUAUUGGUCAUUGCCCACCGGCUCAGCACUGUUCGUGCAGCCCACUCCAUCAUUGUCAUGGCCAAUGGCCAAGUUUGUGAGGCUGGGACCCACGAAGAACUCCUUAAAAAAGGCGGGCUCUAUGCAGAACUUAUCCGGAGACAAGCCCUGGAUGCCUCACUCACCUCAACCCCACCUGCAGAGAAGCCUGAAGACCCUAGAAACUGCUAGUGGAAAGCCUGAGAGGCCCCCUGGGGUCAGGUCACUGCAAGGCAUGGGUCUGAGGCUGGAGCUCUGCUGGGGACAGAGCCCUUGAAGGACCAGUGUGCUAGAGUGUGGCCAGAACUACUGCUCCCUUAAAGGGGCUGGGCCCAGCAGCUGGGGGGAAGUAACUCUCCUCCUGUCUGACUCUCUGACCAUCCUGACUCAGCUCUGUGGUCACAGAUGUACACAGGGAGACAAAGUCCCUGAAUACCUCUGCUUGACCCUCUCAGGCUGGUCUGAUUCUGCCCAGCACUCAGUUGUUUAGGCCCUCACUCCAGGGGACUUCCCAGGCCUGGUAGAAUCCCAGCACUUGGGAGACAGAAGUGGGAGGAUCAAAAGUUCAAGGCCAUCCUGAACUACAUAGUGAGACCCUAUCUCAAAAAAAAAAAAAAAAAAGGAACCUAAAUAAAAAAAGAAAAAUUUAAAAGAGGCUGAGGCUGUAGCUUAGUAGCAGAAUGCUUGCCUGCCGAAUGUGAGGGGCCUAGAUAUAAUCCUUAGCACUGCAAAUAAGAAAGAAAACCCAGGCUUGGAGUGUAACCAGGACCUCAGACUAGGCUCUGCUUCACCAUAAGUAGGACCACUCAUCAUCAGCUUUACUCUUGCAUCUGCAAUGCAUCUCUUGGUCUGUCCUCCACACAGUCAUCCUGGUUUCUGGCAGAAUGAAGUGGUAAUGGUCAUUGUACAAGAAGCACCCAGCCUCCCAGGCUGUGCCAUUUGCCUCAGUCAGACCUGGUGAGACUACAGAGCCAAAAGCGAGACACUGGAGAGGCUGCUGUGCCAGCAAGAUGGGGGCUAGCAGCAGGAGGUCAUCCUUGGCUACACGGAGGUUGAGGCUAGCCUGGCCUUUGUGAGAGUCUGCCCCAAAGGUGGAAAGCACAAUUAAUAUGAAAUACAAUGUGAGAUUCUUAUGAGUAACCAUAAGGAUCAUAGAAGUGGUGGGACGGUGGCCUCGCCUUGAAAGGGGGGAAGCAGGCAGCCUGUGGUCCCAAAGCCAGAGCCUCUACUGGCUUCUCAGUUGUUGGGAAAGCGCAUGAAAGACCCCAUAGACUGCACCUGUACUCCCAGAGCGUCAGCACUUUGUCUUAUGCAGAGGCCCUGACCCACUUCACUUAUGCCCAGAGGGUGAUGGCCCCUAUUUAGCCUUGGGACCGUAGAUCACUUCCCACUGAGAAUCUGUCCCUGGCCAGCCACAUCCAGGUUAUAGGAUUCUGUGCAAACCAGGGACUGGAUCAGGGGAGGGGGGCUAUACCUGGAUGGCCAGACAAGCAUUUUGUACUUUUCAUGUGGCAAAGGAUGACAUUGUCUUUCAGGAGUGACAGGUGCAGAGGGCAGAAACAGCUGCUGUUGGGGGCCUGUAUAGGACCACAUACGCUGCUGUGAGGACAAGGAACCCAAGAACCCUAGUCCAUAGUGCCGUGGUUUAAUAUCAUCCUGGAAUGUGACAGCCUGGGAAGCAGAGUUCUGGGGUGGCUUCCUUUGCCUAACCACGGCACCCCUCCCCCACCCCAAACAAGUGCAGCUUAGAGCAAGGCCUCUGCUUUCCAUAGACAUGUCCCUCUGUCUGGCCCUACACUUUAUCCACUUGAAGCAUAAAGUCUCCCUCACCGAGCAUCCAGCCCAUUGGCUCCACAUGCACACAGUCAUCAGGCUACAAUGCGCACACAGAUUCUCUGUCCUCUGACAGCCACAGGAUGACUGCCCACCAGGGAAGGAACCCUAUGGUCAGUGGCUGGUGACCACAGCCCUGUCACCCUGGCCUGGCUUUCCCAGCCUCUCAGUAGAGUACAGCUUGGCUUCACUUGCUCUUAAAAGUUUCUUCCAGGGGCUGGAGAGAUGGCUCAGCGGGUAAGAGCACUGACUGUCCUUCUGGAGGUCCUGAGUUCAAUUCCCAGCAACCACAUGGUGGCUCAUAACCAUCUGUAAUGAGAUCUGAUGCCCUCUUCUGGUGUGUCUGAAGACAGCUACAGUGUACUUACAUAUAAUAAAUAAAUAAAUAAAUAAAUAAAUCUUUAAAAAAAAAAAGUUUCUUCCAAAAGUUAAGUGGCACAUGUUGGAAUCACAUCCCUAAAGCCCACAGUAUCAUAGCCCCAGAAAGUGGUCACAUCUGUGCCAUGAGCCUUUCUAGUCACCUGUCCCUCCUAAGAUGUCACCUGCCUAGUCUGUGCCACUAAAUCUAGGGCCAUUUCUGAGACUAAGCCCCAAGUGCUUGCUAGGAGGACCAAAGUCCAUAGGAGCUCUAGAAGCCAGCACAGCAGGACUGAUUGGCUGGUAGAAUUACAUCCCCACCACUCACGGCCAGAAGCCACCAGGAUGAACCAGUGCUUUCCAAAGACAUGGGCCUGUGAUAUUAUUGCUCAACAAGUGGAAAACCUGCUGCCAAACCUAAGGACCCAUGUUCAGUCCCGUAAGACGUGUGGAUGAGCAACUCCUGAAAGUUAUCCUCUGACCUCCAUAUGUGCUGUGACAUACAUACCCAAUAAACAAAUAAAUAAUAAAAAAGCAGGAAAAAAUUAUGUAAA